GGUUUGUGCUCAGUGGUGGAUGAGAGUCAACAGUGGAGACGGAGGGGAGAAAGUGUGUUUUAGCUAGGAACCCGCUAGCUACAUUACGGCGAGAUCUGCGAGAUCCUCCCCGUCUCUUUCUGAAAGGGGUCGAAGAAACGCGGCUAGAUCUCUAUCUCUAUUGGUAUUGCUGUAUACCUGUACUGAUAUUUAAAUUGUUUGGCCGAAAACGAGGAAUAUAACGGGGAACCCCUUUCAGCCAGCGCAGUCGCCAUCUCCAGCACACAGACCGUGUCUUCCUUACGAUGGGAAACGCUGCUACCGCCAAGAAAGGCAACGAACUAGAGAGCGAGACCUUUGUGAAGGAGUUUUUAGCCAAAGCCAAAGAGGACUUCUUAAGGAAAUGGGAAUGUCCGCCACAGUGCUCCACAGGUCUAGAUGACUUUGAGCGGCUGAAGACUUUAGGCACAGGGUCGUUUGGCCGCGUCAUGCUGGUCAGACACAAGGGAACAGAGCAGUACUACGCCAUGAAGAUCCUGGACAAGCAGAAGGUGGUGAAGCUGAAACAGAUAGAACACACACUAAACGAAAAAAGAAUACUGCAAGCUGUUUCCUUCCCCUUCCUCGUCAGAUUGGAGUACGCCUUUAAGGACAACUCUAAUUUAUACAUGGUGAUGGAGUAUGUUCCAGGGGGGGAAAUGUUCUCACACCUCCGACGGAUUGGAAGGUUCAGCGAACCUCAUGCUCGAUUUUACGCAGCACAGAUAGUCCUGACGUUCGAGUACCUGCAUUCUCUCGACCUGAUCUACAGAGACCUGAAGCCCGAGAACCUUUUAAUCGAUCAGCACGGCUACAUCCAGGUGACAGAUUUCGGCUUUGCCAAGCGGGUAAAAGGCCGGACCUGGACGCUGUGCGGAACCCCAGAAUACCUGGCCCCGGAGAUCAUCCUGAGCAAGGGCUACAACAAAGCGGUGGAUUGGUGGGCCCUGGGGGUGCUAAUAUACGAAAUGGCAGCGGGGUACCCCCCAUUCUUCGCUGACCAGCCCAUCCAGAUCUAUGAGAAAAUAGUGUCUGGGAAGGUGCGCUUCCCGUCCCACUUCAGCUCGGACCUGAAGGACUUGCUGCGGAACCUUCUGCAGGUGGACCUGACCAAGCGCUACGGCAACCUGAAAAACGCCGUCAACGACAUCAAAAACCACAAGUGGUUCGCCACCACCGACUGGAUCGCCAUCUACGAGAGGAAGGUGGAGGCCCCGUUCAUCCCUAAAUGCAGAGGCCCGGGGGACACCAGCAACUUUGACGACUACGAGGAGGAGGACAUCCGGGUGUCCGUGACAGAAAAGUGCGCCAAGGAGUUCUCUGAGUUUUAGCGUGUGAGGAGAGUCAGGUGACUGCAGGCCAGGGACGGGGCACAUCCAGCAGAGCGUGGGGAAGCCCAGAGCCUCAUAUUCUAGCAGCGACCCCUGACCCUUGACCCCUGACCCCUCAUUCCCCUGGGCCCUGGGUACGGGUCGAGAGACGGGCAGCCUCUGGCUCUGCUGCAGCACUCACUCACUCAGCUACAUUACUCCCCAUUACAUUACUCUCCCAUUACCUUACUCCCCUAUUACAUUACUCCCCAUUACCUUACUCCCCUAUUACAUUACUCCCUUGUUACAUUACUCACC